AUGGAGUUCAUUACCACUCUUCUCAUCCUCAGCCUUCAGGUGCUGUGUUCCCAGGGAUGUCUGGAAGGAUGCCGUUGUUAUAGUACGACAGUAGAGUGCGGCUCUCUCGGACUCACAGCUGUGCCGCCCAAUAUUCCCGCUUUUACCCAGACACUAUUUUUACAAGACAAUGAUAUCACUCACAUCAGCCAGAGGGACUUUUCCCAUCUUUCCCAACUCCAGAACCUCUACAUUCAGAAUAACAGCCUCAGCACUAUUGACUCCGGUGCUCUGUCCAGGCAACACUUGCUCGUGGAAUUAGCACUGAAUGGAAAUCGCAUCCAACACCUCAACCACAGCAUCUUCGAGGGUCUGGAUCACCUCAGGGUCUUGUACUUGGCAGGAAACUACAUCAGCUGGUUAGCAAGCCUGACCUUUCGAGGACUCCAGAGACUACAGGAACUCCAUCUUCAGGAAAACAAUAUCCAGUCUUUGGCUGACCAAGCUUUUGAGGGGCUCUCAUCACUAGCCUUGCUGGACCUGAGCAGCAACAGGCUCCAUACACUGCACCAGGCAUCAAUCCAACCCCUGAAGAGCUUACAGGAGCUCCGAUUGACUGUGUCUGCAGUGUUGAAUUCCACUGAAUCUGAUCUAGGAAUCCUGCCAGAGUGUAACACCAAGGCAAGGCCACAGGGAGAGUCUAACCCCAUUCCUUUCCCACCCCAAACGGUAAAAGUUUCAACCAAUGAGACGGCUAGCUGCCCCUAA